AUGUCCAGCUCAAAGGUCUUGAAGACACGAGACGUGAUCCAAGAAUGGUUUGAGGAGGGCCCUGAUACCAAAUUUAUGAUCUUCGCUCAAUUCCGGACGAUGACAGCCAUAUUUGCAAACAUGUGCAAGAGAGAGGACUUGGCAUAUGCAAUGGGAUACAUCCAGAACUUUUCUUAUUUCACUCUACAAAUCCACAAAAUUAACAGGGGACUUGGACUUCUCCAGCCGUACCCAAAUCCUAGCCGAUUUCCAAAAAAAAUCCCGAUAUCAAAAAUAAUGAUUGCCGCUCUCAAAGCCGGCGGCACGGGUCUUGAUAUCACAGCCGCCAACAAAUGUAUCCUUGUGGAACCCUGGUGGAACUACGCGGUCCAACAACUGGCCUUUUGCCUCUUGUUCCGUAUCGGACAAACCCGUGCUGUGGAGAUCGUCAAACUGGUAGCUAGCAAUGCGGUUGACGAUCACAUGAUGGAAUUGCAGAAGCUUAAACUCAGAAAUUUCGAAGGUGCGAUUGGGGAUACGACGUUGAACCUGAACGGGGUUGAGGGGCAAUUGAUGGGACAUUUUGGAACUGUUGAGCAAUUACCCACCGGGAAAAUCCAGAUUACUAGAUGA